AUGGCCGGGCGGCGGGUGAACGUGAACGUGGGCGUGCUGGGCCACAUCGACAGCGGCAAGACGGCGCUGGCGCGGGCUCUGAGCACCACGGCGUCCACGGCGGCCUUCGACAAGCAGCCGCAGAGCCGCGAGCGCGGCAUCACGCUCGACCUGGGCUUCUCGUGCUUCCUGGUGCCGCUGCCCGCGCGCAUGCGCAGCGCGGUGUCCGCCGAGGCCGACCCGGAAGAGCCGCGGCUGCAGGUGACGCUGGUCGACUGCCCCGGCCACGCCUCCCUCGUGCGCACUGUCAUCGGAGGAGCCCAGAUCAUUGACCUGAUGAUGUUGGUCAUCGAUGUGACCAAGGGCAUGCAGACGCAGUCGGCUGAGUGCCUGGUGAUCGGGCAGAUUGCCUGCCAGAAGCUGGUCGUGGUGCUGAACAAAAUAGACCUCUUAGCUGAAGGGAAGCGGCAGGCGGCAAUUGAGAAAAUGACCAGGAAGAUGCAGAAGACUCUGGAGAACACAAAGUUCCGGGGUGCUCCCAUCAUAGCUGUUGCUGCCAAGCCUGGGGGACCAGAAGCCCCUGAGACUGAAGCUCCUCAGGGCAUCUCGGAGCUCAUCGAGCUCCUGACAUCCCAGAUUUCCAUCCCAACACGAGACUCCUCGGGCCCCUUCCUCAUGUCCGUGGACCACUGCUUCUCCAUCAGAGGCCAAGGCACUGUGAUGACAGGCACCAUCCUCUCUGGCUCUGUCAGCUUGGGCGAUAGCGUGGAGAUUCCAGCCCUCAAGGUGGUGAAGAAGGUCAAGUCCAUGCAGAUGUUCCACAUGCCUGUCACCACAGCCAUGCAAGGGGACCGGCUGGGCAUCUGUGUCACCCAGUUCGACCCCAAGCUGCUGGAGCGUGGCCUGGUGUGCACCCCCGAGUCCCUGCACACCAUCCAUGCAGCUCUUGUGUCCGUGGAGAAGAUCUCCUACUUCCGGGGCCCUCUGCAGACGAAGGCCAAGUUCCACAUCACGGUGGGCCAUGAGACUGUGAUGGGCCGCCUGAUGUUCUUCAGCCCGGCCCCUGAGCACUUCGACCAGGAGCCUGUACUGGACUCAUUCGACUUCUCUCGAGAAUAUCUCUUCCAAGAGCAGUAUCUGAGCCAGGAGUCGGCUGGCUCCGACAGCGGUGAGGCCGGCCCCCAGCAGGCCCAGGCGGCUGAAGGCCACUGCCCGAGGCAGCAGUGGGCUCUGGUGGAGUUUGAGAAGCCCGUGACGUGCCCUCGGCUCUGCCUGGUGAUCGGCUCUCGGCUGGACGUGGAUGUCCACACCAGCUCUUGCCGCCUGGCCUUUCACGGCAUCCUGCUGCAUGGGCUGGAGGACAAGGGCUAUACUGAGAGCACCCUGCCACGGCUGAAGGUGUACAAGCUGAAGCACAGGCAAGGCCUGGUGGAGCGGGUGAUCGACGACUACAAUGUCAUUGGGCGCUCGCUGUUCAAGAAGGAGACCAACAUCCAGCUCUUCGUGGGGCUCAGGGUGCGCCUGUCAUCAGGAGAGCUGGGCACCAUCGACAGCGCCUUCGGCCAGAGCGGCAAGUUCAAGAUCCACAUCCCCGGUGGCCUCAGUCCUGAGUCCAAGGCCCUCCUGACCCCCACGCAGAAGAAGCGGAGUCGAGCUGGCCGCGGGGAGCCCGCCAAGCCCGAGGAGGGCCCUGAGCGGCCUGAGCCCUCACAGCACGUGACCCUCAGUCUGUCCUUCAAGCGCUACGUCUUUGACAGCCACAAGCGCAUGGUGCAAGAUCCCUGA